GUCCAUCAUGUUCAUAAUUAUGACUUUAAAACUUGUGAUAGAAUAAUACUGUUUAAUUAAUAUAGAAGAAUAUUGUACAAUUUGAAACUUGAAAAGUGCAAUGAAAACAGACCACAUAUUUGCAUUUGUAUAUCUUUAAAGCGUUUUUCAGUAGCUAUUUAAAGAACAUAUAUUUUUUAAUUGCCUAUAGAGAUAAAAUUUUUCUAGCUUUUACUUACUUUACUACAAUAACUCAUUGCCCAUAUUAGAUUGAAAAUAGGCGCUAAAAACACAAACUAUUCCACCCCCAAUAUGUCGCAGUUUAAUAUAGAAGAGCAAAGUGAUUUGAGACUUCUCAGUGAAAAACUUGAAUAUUGCAGUUUAUGAAAGAUUUGAAGUUAAUAAAUCCACAUUGAAAGUUAGUACAUCCAGGUUCGCUCUGAUGAUUUAUUCAGUCCCAGAUAAGUUUUUGCUUCAAUGCAGUCAGUAAUGCGAACUAUCCGGACAGCCCUAAUCCAGUCGCGAGUAGGGGCCAAUCGUUCCGAAAAUUUGGAAAAUGCCCGAAAACUCAUCAGCCAAGCGAAGACUUUAGGGGCACAGCUGAUUUCGCUGCCCGAGUGUUUUAAUUCACCGUACGGCACUAAGUUUUUCAAUGAAUACGCCGAAUCGAUUCCAAAUGGACCCACUUCCGAAAUGCUCUCCAAGGCUGCUAAAGACAACAACGUUUACUUAGUUGGAGGCACGUUUCCUGAAAUAGAAAAUAGCAAAUACUACAAUACCUGCACUGUGUGGAACCCCGAAGGAAAGCUCAUAGCCAAGUAUCGCAAAAUGCAUUUAUUCGACAUAGAUAUUCCUGGAGGGAUAACUUUCAAAGAAUCCGAUGUGUUAGCUGCUGGAAACAGCUUAGCUACCUUCGAUCUAGAAGGUACCAAAAUAGGCCUGGGAAUUUGCUACGACUUGCGGUUUGAGGAACUAGCAAAGCUCUACCGAUUGCAGGGAGUGGAAAUUCUAAUAUAUCCGGCAGCCUUCAAUUUGACCACAGGCCCUCUGCACUUCGAGUUGCUGCAAAGAGGCAGAGCUAUAGAUAACCAAGUGUUUGUCCUGGCCAUUAGCCCGGCCAGAGGCACGCAGGGCUAUAUUGCUUGGGGACACUCUCAAAUCACAAACCCAUGGGGCAAAGUUAUUGGACAAGCCAAAGAAGGGGAAGAGAUUGUGAAUGUUGAUCUUGACCUAACUGAAUGUGAUAAAGUACGACAACAAAUACCAAUUUUCAGUCAGCGGCGGAAUGAUAUAUACGAUACUAUUAAAGUAGGAAUUAAAUGAUAGGUAGAAAUAAGAUAAAAACGCUGUAAACCGAAUUAAUAGGUGUUUUAUGGAGAAUAUACUUGUAUCCGUUA